AUGGAUAAGGAGCAGAACAAUAUCAAGGUGCUAGUUAGAGUGCGACCUUUACUAUCUAGAGAAAUACAGGAUGAAAUACCUCAGUCUUUAGUAUCAAUGCCAUCAAAUGAACAAACGUACUUACAAAAUCCUAAAACAAAUGAAUCAAAGUCCUUUUAUUUUGAUGAUUGUAUAUGGUCAUUUAAUAGAAAAGAUCCACAUUAUACAGAUAAUUUACAAUUCUAUAAACAAACUGGACCUGAUUUGUUAACUCAUUUAUUUGAAGGUUAUAAUGUAUGCCUACUAGCGUAUGGUCAAACAAGUUCAGGUAAAACUUAUACAAUGAUGGGAGAUCAAACACAACCGGGAAUAAUACCAUGUUUAAUAAAUGAUAUAUUAAAACAAAUGGAACUAUCAAUAAAUCAAAAGAUUCAUUGUGAAUUAAAAUUUUCAUAUAUGGAAAUAUAUAAUGAAUCAGUAAAAGAUCUUUUGAAUCCCAAAAAUCAAACAAAAUGUAAAAUUAGAGAACAUCCACAAACUGGUCCAUAUGUUGAAAAUUUAAAAGAAAUUACCAUUAAGGACUAUAAUCAUUUUUUGCAAUUAUUAAAUUCUGGAAAUUUGAUAAGAUCAACUGCAACAACAUCAAUGAAUGAUCAAAGUUCAAGAUCUCAUGCUAUUAUAACUUUAACUUUAAAACAAAUAAAAUUUGAAAAUAUCAAUGAUAAUGACGAUGGCAUUGAUAAUGAAAGUAUUGGAGAAGCAAGUGAAGAAAUGAUAUCAAAUAUUAAAUUAGUUGAUUUGGCUGGUUCCGAAAGAUUAACAAAAACUAAAUUAUUUGGUCAAAGUGAUAGAAUUAAAGAAGGUUCAUUAAUUAAUAAAUCUUUAACAGUUUUAGGAAGAUGUAUACAUUUAUUGUCCACUAAAUCCAAAUCAAUAAUACCAUAUAGAGAUUCAAUUUUAACAUAUAUUUUAAAAGAAAAUUUAUCUGGUAACUCAAAAACUUGUAUGUUAUUUUGUAUUUCACCAUUAGAUUAUGAAGAAAGUUUACAAACUUUAAAUUAUGCAAAUGAAGUUAAAAAAAUUAAAACAAUUGCGAAAGCUAAUAAAAUUAAAUUAUCAACAAUUAUAAAUUGGGAAGAGUUACAAAAAUCAGAUCAAUCAUUAAUUGGUUCGUUAAAGAAUGAAGUUGAAAUUUUGACUAGUAAAUUAUCACAAUUGGAAACAAAUGAAAAUGUAAAAUCAUCAUCAUCCACGUCCAUUUCAGAUUCACCAAAUUUCACAAAAAUUAUAGAAUAUUUAGAAAAAGAUUCAUCAAAAUUUAAAUUUGAAAAUAAAUAUUUAAAAAAUCAAAUAAUUAAUAAAAAUAAUCAUAUAAUUGAAUUGAAUAAUCAUAUUAAUUAUAUUGAAGAUGAAUAUCAAAGACUUUUAUUAAAUUAUCAAAUUCUAAAAAACUCAAAAUUUCAAGAUUCAAAAUUACAAUUACUUAAUGAAAUACAAUUAUGUAAUGAAAAUUUUAAAAUUGAUUUAACUGAAUUUGAUCCAAAAUUAUUUUAA